AUGAAUCAGAUUCUUCGACGAACAUCGAACUCAGUCGCACCAAUCACAGUUGAGGCGAUGAGCAGAACUCAUCCGAUUGAACGGCGGCACGACUAUGAACGGCCACCACCGGAUCAGUACGACCGUUCACCACGAGAGAUGAACGACUUCGCGUACCGCAGUAUGCCUAAUGAUGUGCCGCGAUAUCAUCGCGAUGAUGAUUAUCCUACCCAUCCUAUAUCGUACAACAGCGCGAGGUAUUAUGAUCCCGUACAGGAGACAGAUAUCCUUGGUGAUGAUGUGAGUGAGGCACAAUCCGACGUCUACGGACCGGGUACAUAUGCAGGUAAAUAGAU